ACUGCGCUCAGAGCCUGCAGACAGACAGUAGUCCAGCACGCCGGGGGAGGACAGGCAUCCCAACUUGUUGGUUCUGAGGACAACACUAAAUAACUAAACAAACGUGCUUGUUUGUCUCCAAGUUUGACUUCUUAGGACAUAUCAAAUUAUUGUAUACCCCGAACGAACGACAACUAUUGGCAGGUUAUUAACUACUUUUUUUUUUUUUUACUUCUUGGAAUAUUCUCCGGGCAUUAGGAGCCUGCAUCGCAGUCUGUUUUAAUUGAAGGGGUCAACCCAGUGUCCGAGGAAGACACAAUGUUUGCAUUGUGACCUUUUGUUCCGGACAAGGUUAUCCUCAACAGGAGAGUAUUCAUAGACAGACCGGCCAGACGGACUGACACGGUCUAAUCAUGGACGGGGCCAACGAUGUGGAUCUGUCCAACAAUAACAUCACCCCGUUGUGGAAGCGACGCACUGACUGUUAUGGCACCAGGGCCGGCAGCAAGGCCAAACCCAGACCCCUUAGUUACCAGAUAGGUGGGGUUCACAUGACAGACUUUCCCGUGGAGGACAAGGGCCCCAUCAAGAUCAGCCAGCCCUUGGAGACGGUGGUCGCAGAACCGGUAAUCAAGAACACGUCGGUGUUGAAACACGUCCUAAACAAACCGUCCAGGAAGACUCGCGUAGUUCGGAGCAUCAGUAUCGGACAUCUCUCAAAUGCGCGCUACGCCUUGUCACGGUUCAUGUCCAGUGAGGGCAAAUCAGCGUCUCUGGACAAUAGAGUGAGAAAUGGAGGCUAUGAGAAUGGGAAAACCACCGUUAAGUGCCCUCAAGACGAACAAAAAUGCAGGUCCACUCCAGUGGCGCCAAACUCUCCGAGAGACAGCAGCGCUUUUGGCAACGGCUCGUCAUCACCGGAAGACGUUGCCUCAACGCCGACACUGUCUUCCCCUGACCUAUCCCCCCUCACCCCCAACAACAACCGCUACAACCACAACCACAAUCACCACCGCCCGCCCUCCCCCUCCUGCCCCGGUGCCCCCGUCCCCAGCCCCUCUCCCCCCGCCCGCCGCACCCCUCCCCUCUCCCACUGCUCCUCCUCCAGCAUCCCCUCCCUCUCGUCCUCCCACUCCUCGGGGCCCCCCACCCCGCGCUCCCCGUCGCCCGCCGACUCGGUGACCAUGCUCAGCCGGCAGACGUCCUCGGCGUCCGCUGCCUCCGCCCGCGACGACCCCCGCUCGUCGCACGUCCGAUCUCCGUCCUCCUGCUCCUCUUCCUCCUCCUCCACCGCCUCCACCUCCGCCUCGUCCUCCCCCUCACUGACCUCCCCCAGCCCCGCCUCCCCGGUGCCCUCGGUGGUCCUCAGCACGCACAGCCCCGCCGCCCAGAAGAUGGGCACCCAGCAGCUCAUCCCCAAGGGCCUGGUGUCGGACACGCGGCCGGGGCUGGGCGGACUGGCCGGCCUCCUGGGGCUGGACAGCUCCAAGAGGGCCUUGAAGAGCCGCAGCAUGGUGGAAACCGGGGCCUUCUUCUCCACGGGUCUAGCCCCGGAGGUGGACGGCGACAGCCCGGGAACCCUGCAGAGGGGGCUGAGGAGCACGUCCUACCGCAGGGCGGUGGUGUGUGCCGACGAGACCCCCAAGGCCUGUAAGCCCACGCUCAAAGGGCUGCAGGAGGGGGAGGACUCACCUGACGGCCGGCCCUGCCGCAGCUGGAGCCCCGGCUGUACUCCCAGCGCUGCCAAGCAGCUUUUCGCCACAGAGGGGCCGGUCAAACCGGCCAGCCCCGGGACAGUGAAGCCCUCCAGUCCAGGAACAGUGAAGCCUUCCAGUCCUGGCACUAGAAAGACUGCCACCCUCGGAAAAAACAAGAAUCCUGAUAGAACAAAGCGACUGAUAAGUCAACGCACGUUUGACAGCGAAGAGGAGGAGCUGUACCAGAACUACCAGGAGAAAGCGCUGCACAAUGACUCUGACGAGGACGCCGAGGCCAGCGUGCCUCAGCCAGAUGACCGCAUCGUGGUGCAGUACCGGCCCAUACGGACCUCCUGGAGCCAGCUCAGCGUGGUUAAGAAAAGUGGCCUCUCUGACAAGCUGAGCCUGGAGGAACGCAAAAGGCAGGAGGCCAUCUUCGAGGUGAUCUCCUCGGAGCACUCCUACCUCCACAGCCUGGAGGUUCUGAUCCGCAUGUUCAAGAACUCGCCGGAGCUCAGCGACGCCAUGACCAAGACGGAGCACCACCACCUCUUCUCCAACAUCACCGACGUCUGCGCCGUCAGCAAAAAGUUCUUCAACGAGCUGGAGGACAGGCAUCAGCAGAACAUCCUGAUCGACAGCAUCAGUGACAUUGUCAAUGAGCACGCCCAGUCCAACUUCGACCGCUACAUCACCUACUGCUCCAACGAGGUCUACCAGCAACGCACGCUGCAGAGGCUAGUGUCCACCAGUCCCGUGUUCAAGGAGGUACUGACCCGCAUCGAGAGCCACCCUGACUGCAGGAACCUGCCCAUGUUCUCCUUCCUCAUCCUGCCCAUGCAGAGGAUCACACGCCUGCCUCUGCUCAUGGACACCAUUUGUCAGAAGACCCCUAAAGAGUCAGAUCGAUACGAGGAGUCUAAGAAGGCCCUGCAGGCCAUCAGCAAGGUGGUGAGGAACUGCAACGAAGGCGCCCGCACCAUGGAGCGGACGGAGAUGAUGUAUACCAUCAACUCGCAGCUGGAGUUCAAGAUCAAGCCGUUCCCCCUGGUGUCGUCGUCCCGCUGGAUGGUGAAGCGAGGGGAGCUGACGGCGCUGGUGGAGGAGAACGGGAUCUUCCUGAAGCGCACAGCCCGCACGCACGUCUACUUCUUCCUCUUCAACGACGUCCUCAUCGUCACCCGCAAGAAGAGCGAGGAGAGCUACACGGUGAUCGACUACGCACUGAGGGACCAGAUCUCGGUGGGCCCCAGCCAGGCGGAGGACCACAACCUGUCCCCUGUGCGGACCACCUCAAGCAUGCUGAGCUCCCGGCAGAGCGGCGCCUGCCACCUCUUCCGCCUGCGUUUCCGUAGCAACCACUCGGGCGACAAGGUGCCCAUGGUCCUGGGGGUGGAGUCGAUGAAUGAACGUGCUCGCUGGAUAAGCGCUCUGGGCCAGAACAACAACAAUAACAAGAACCAGGACAGAAGUAACGCCAUGCAGGUGGAGGUGAGCCGGACGUACACGGCCAAGCAGCCAGACGAGCUGUCCCUGCAGGUGGCCGACGUGGUGCUGGUGUCCGAGACGGUGGAGGACGGUUGGUACGAGGGCGAGCGACUGCGCGACGGGGAGAGAGGGUGGUUCCUGGCCGAGUGUGCCGAGCCAAUCACGUGCCAGGCCACCAUUGAGCGCAACAUGCAGCGCAUGGACCGCCUGCAGGGUCUGGAGACCAACGUCUGAGGAGGCUUGACGCCACAAACACUCUUCUCUCUUUGGGUCGAACCAACACUCCGCUUCCCUGAGGGGGACAGGUGGUCCCUGAAUCCCAUCAUUGACUUGUCCAUAAGCAACACACAAAUCUAAUAACCCUUUUAUUGUUUUACCUUCAUAAUGGAAUAACAAACCAGUGGCUUUACGAGAGACCUCUGCACUAGGGACGCUGGGAGGCCUGUGAUUCGCUGAUUACAACAAGCCAACACUGGCUUGAUCUUGAUGUCAACAACAGACUGCUGGUUCACCUCCCUCCGUUUGCUUGCUCUGUGUUUCACGAGCGAGUAACAUUCAGACAAACACGGGUUACGGAUGCUGACCCAGUCACCCACUGACCCGUGAGUCUGCAGAUGGGAGCUUUGGAAAGCCAGAUCCACUCUGUUCCUUUAUACACUCGCUGGCCUGGGAUAAAGUGGUGCAUGGAUCGCAAAGUCCCUCUCUCGUCGCCUUCCGAGGAACGACAACAAUGAGGGCUUGAUUUAGAUAAUUGUAAAGGUUAAAACACGUUUUAGAAACAAGUGUGCGCCAGAA